GGCAGCUCUGAUUCGCGCUGAAAAAAAUAAACAAGACAAGUUUUGUGAGCGGCAGAAAAAAAGUUAAGUAAAACACAAACAAAUGGCUUCGAAUAGUUCCGACAGCGAUACAGAAAUUGGAGGUAGAUUUCCCAAAAAGCAUAAAAAAGAAAAGAAAAGCAAAAAAGUUAAAAAGGAGAAAAAAUAUAAGAAAAGUAAAAAGCACAAAAAACGCACUCGUCGUAGCAGUACAAGUAGCAGUGGAAGUGGAAAUUCUAAAAACGAAUGGGUCGAAAGGGUAUUGCCAUCGGAACCGGCUCAAAAGCCCAGACUAGAAAGAGAAGACUGGAUGAAUUCAAUGCUCGUUCCCACAUACAGCAAAGAACCUAACAGGGACGAAAAAAAGCCGCCUGUAGAACAGUAUAAUCCUCAAACCAACGUUCGAGAGUUGAAUCCGCAUUGGAGAAAUGGGGGUAGUGGUUUGCCCAACUUCCGCAGGCCACAAGAAGAUGAAGAUGUUGGAUACUCGGACGACAUUACACGAAGAAGUGAAAUGGGAAAAGAUGUUGGGCGCAGCGGUGGUUGGAAGAAAUCUUACAGAGAAUUACCACAGCAAAGCAAGAAAGAAGAGACGAAAGUGUCGGCCGUUGCAACCGUAGCUCAAGAAGAUGGACUUUUUAUGAGUGACCAGCAAUUGAACGAUUUAGGAGCAAAAAUUGUGAAAGCUGAAAUAAUGGGAAAUAUAGAUUUAGCAAAAAGUCUGAAGGAAAAACUUGCAGCAGCAAAAUUACAUCGCAGUCAAAUCAAGGAAUUCCAUCAAAAUCAAACAAACAAGCAAACUCAGGAGAAAGAAGAAGAUUUACGCUACACCGUUAGUAGCAAAUCGAGUGACGAAAACUCAAGACAAAAUCGGAAACGACGAAAUUAUCAGUCGAACCUUCCACCAGGCGAUUUGGCAGACAAGUUUCGCUCGGAACGUCAAGAAAAUGCUGAUAUGGAUGCACAGUUUUUCAAGGUUUCUGCGAAGCUCGACCGAGAAGCAAGCAAUUUGGAAAAUAUUUUCGAUCAUGGAAGAGCCAGCACCUCCUCGUCGGGUCAACAGAAUGAAGAAAAAAUUGUUCGCGAUAUGAACAAACUUUCCCGGGCCCAAGCAGAAUGUGAAAGAUGCUUGAAUUCAAGUCAGUUCCUUCAGGAUCAUGUAGUUUCCAUGGGAAAAAAUAUCUUCCUAGCAGUUCCCAGUUGGAAAGCACUUCAACCAAAGCACUGUCUGGUGAUUCCCAUUGGACAUUAUUCCGCAAUAACUCAUAUGGACGAGGACGUUCAUCGUGAUUUGAUCGACACGUGCAAGGCAUUGAAACGAAUGUUUUCUACUCAUAACCAGGAAGUUAUCUUUUUCGAAACUGUACGCUAUAUCAACCGCAACCCGCAUACCUACGUGCAGUGUGUUCCAGCGAGUGACUAUGAAAUGGCACCGUUCUAUUUCAAAAAGGCGAUACUUGAGUCAGAAACAGAAUGGGCUAUGAACAAGAAACUGCACAAUAUUCAAGGGUUGGACAUUCGACGAACGGUUCCGAAAGGGCUACCGUAUUUCUGGGUGAGCUUUAAUCUGGAGUCAGGUUUCGCCCAUGUAAUCGAAGAUCAGGAGAGCUUCCCGGUUACGUUUGCUUCGGAAACGAUCGCAGGAAUUCUUGGUCUUGAAACCAGAGAUUGGCGCAAACCUGGCCGAGAACAUCAUCCCAAACAGCGUGUUCAGGAAUUCAAACACUGGUGGAAAGAAUUUGAUAAUUUGACCCCAAAUGAAUAAAAUUUUAAUAUUACUAUUACAGUGAAACUUUUUUGUUUGAAACCUGCACUGUACUUUCAAAUAAAAAAGAGGUGUCCUCAACCUGUAUAUGACAAUUUUGAGACUCUCAACGAGCGCAACGGA